GCCGGCCGGCCCGGCUCCACCUCGGCUCCCCACCCUCGGCCCGCUCUCAGCCGCCGGUCUGCCCCGCAGCAGCCAGCCCCGUCUCCGGCAGCAUGUUCAGCUGGGUCAGCAAGGAUGCCCGCCGCAAGAAGGAGCCGGAGCUCUUCCAGACGGUGGCCGAGGGGCUGCGGCAGCUGUACGCGCAGAAGCUGCUGCCCCUGGAGGAGCACUACCGCUUCCACGAGUUCCACUCGCCCGCGCUGGAGGACGCUGACUUCGACAACAAGCCCAUGGUGCUCCUCGUGGGCCAGUACAGCACGGGCAAGACCACCUUCAUCCGGCACCUGAUCGAGCAGGACUUCCCGGGGAUGCGCAUCGGGCCCGAGCCCACCACCGACUCCUUCAUCGCCGUCAUGCACGGCCCCACCGAGGGCGUGGUGCCGGGCAACGCGCUCGUCGUCGAUCCGCGGCGCCCCUUCCGCAAGCUCAACGCCUUCGGCAACGCUUUCCUCAACAGGUUCAUGUGUGCCCAGCUGCCCAACCCAGUCCUGGACAGCAUCAGCAUCAUCGACACCCCUGGGAUCCUGUCGGGAGAGAAACAGCGCAUCAGCCGAGGCUAUGACUUUGCGGCCGUCCUGGAGUGGUUUGCUGAGCGUGUGGAUCGCAUCAUCCUGCUCUUUGACGCCCACAAGCUGGACAUCUCUGACGAGUUCUCAGAAGUCAUCAAGGCUCUCAAGAACCAUGAGGACAAAAUCCGUGUGGUGCUGAACAAGGCUGACCAGAUCGAGACGCAGCAGCUGAUGCGAGUGUACGGGGCCCUCAUGUGGUCCCUGGGCAAGAUCAUCAACACCCCCGAGGUGGUCAGGGUCUACAUUGGCUCCUUCUGGUCCCACCCACUACUCAUCCCCGACAACCGCAAGCUCUUCGAAGCUGAGGAGCAGGACCUCUUCAAAGACAUCCAAUCUCUGCCCCGAAACGCUGCCCUCAGGAAACUCAACGACCUGAUCAAACGAGCAAGGCUGGCCAAGGUCCACGCCUACAUCAUCAGCUCCCUGAAGAAGGAGAUGCCCAACGUCUUCGGCAAAGAGAGCAAAAAGAAAGAGCUGGUGAACAACCUGGGAGAGAUCUACCAGAAGAUUGAGCGGGAGCAACAGAUCUCCCCCGGUGACUUCCCGAGCCUCCGCAAGAUGCAGGAACUCCUGCAGACCCAGGACUUCAGCAAGUUCCAGGCCCUGAAGCCCAAACUGCUGGACACAGUGGAUGACAUGCUGGCCAACGACAUCGCCCGGCUGAUGGUGAUGGUGCGGCAGGAGGAGUCGCUGAUGCCCCCCCAGGCCGUGAAGGGCGGUGCCUUCGAAGGCACCAUGAACGGGCCCUUUGGGCACGGCUAUGGCGAGGGGGCUGGCGAGGGCAUCGAUGAUAUUGAGUGGGUGGUGGGCAAGGACAAGCCCACCUACGACGAGAUCUUCUACACGCUGUCACCCGUCAACGGCAAGAUCACGGGCGCCAACGCUAAGAAGGAAAUGGUGAAGUCCAAGCUGCCCAACACCGUGCUGGGGAAGAUCUGGAAGCUGGCCGACGUGGACAAGGAUGGGCUGCUGGACGACGAAGAGUUUGCCCUGGCCAACCACCUCAUCAAGGUCAAGCUGGAGGGCCACGAGCUGCCCGCUGACCUGCCCCCACACCUGAUCCCGCCCUCCAAGCGGAGGCAGCAGUGACCGGUCUCCCCUUCUGUGUGUCCCCCAUGCCACCCGGGCAGGCAGAGGCCUGGGGGACAGAGGUUGCAGGGAGGGGAAGGGGCACCAUUUCUCAAGGUCCAUAAAGACUGAGCGGAUGUUUCCUCAGCUCUUGAAAAGGAAAACCACCAUCUUUCUUUUAAGGCUGUUCCUGGGCCCAGUGGGGGAGGUAGGGGUGGUACUCGUAUGUGAAUGAUGGAAUUUUAUGCACCAGAACUAUGGAUAUUUUUAAUAUAUAACGUUAGAGGCAGCACUCUCUUGCCUCCUCCUCUGUCUGACAGCCCCAUGCACGCACAGCCUCUGUCCUCUCCCAGGCUCUGGCCCUGGCUCUGGCCGAUCAGCGUGGCAGCCCCUGUGACCACAGGGCGCUGGCCUGCCCGCCCACCUAGUGCACCCCUUCUGGCGGCUGCCAGGCCAGGAUUUUGUGCACAGGGACACUGGGCACCCUCGGUUUGUGUCUCAGCUGAGGGUGGCUCCGUGGGGCAGGGGCUUCCUGCCCCGCCAGCCCCUCCCUGCGCCCUGUGUGCAGCUGGUUCUUGUGCCUUUCCCCUUCCUGGCACGGCUGCCAGGGCGCCCCACUCUUUCCUCCUACCCACCGGCCCUGACGCUCCACCCCAGCUCGGCAGUCACAGAAGCAAGGCCCAGCCUUUGUCUUUUUGGGGGGUGAAGAGAGAGCAUCUUCCAGAAAAAUAUAUGCUAGUUUUUGUUCUGUGAAGUGACACCUUUCAUACUUGACUGAAUUUUCCAGUGACUUCCUGACCACUUGUUCAGAAGCUGUGAUUUUUGUCUCCCUUUCCCCACGCUCCAGCCUGGGGGUAGCUCCACCCAGGAGCCCUUAGAUGUGGGUGGGUGGGGAGUACGCCCCUCCAGGGGCCCCAGGGUUUAUUUCCUGGCUGAGUAGGGGGUUGUCAUCCCAGCUCCUACCCCCUCACUUCACUGGAGCUUUUUGGUAUGUUCUUCACCCUUUGGGUAGGUGGUGGGUCCUCCUGAACCUGGUGUGGUUUGGUCCUGGAAAGGAAGCCCAUGGCUGUGGCCUGGGCCUCGUGUCUGGGCAGCAGGGACGGGGAGAACCCAGCACCUUCCCUCUUAUCGCCCUUCAGUUUCUCCUUCCUCUCUUGAGUGAAGGAGGGCAGUGCGUGUGGCUUGGAUGUCACUAGAACACCCCCCCCCCCCCAGGCUGGGCAAAGAGAAACCGGAGCCAGAGAGUGGCUGGUCCCAGCCUCUCUCUGCUCUGCCUGGGCUGUCCAGGGGCCUGCGGUCGGUUUGCCGGGUGGUCAGUGCGCUGCUCACCUGGGCUUCCUACCAGACACUCCCGUAGGUGGCUUCAGCGGGUCAUCCCCUGCCCCGGCUGCUCUGCUCUCAACCCUGCUGGGUCCUAGUCUCCAGGCCUGGCCUCGUUCCCUGCCGCUGCCUCGGCCCGUCAUCUCAUAUGGUGUCAGGAGGAGGUAGACGGAGGGGCACCCUCGUUGGGAUCUCACUGUGCGAGAGGCAGUGGCUUGUUCACUCCUGUGGGAAGAAGUGACUAAAGACCGAAGACUUUUUUCCUUGCAUUAAAAAAAGUUUUAAUUAUGCUGAA